UGCUGAAAUUUCACACUUGGGUUCGCAUGCCCGAAAACAUUAGUUUAUGGCCAUUUCAGCAAUCAGCUUCUGCUUAGAACUGACCAUCGAGUACCAACUUUUUAUUCUUCUCUCUGUACCAUUCAAGCUGGCUGAUGGAUAAUGGUUGAACAUCUAGACGGACCACAUUAUGCAACCCUUCUUCCCUUUAGGGGCAUGUACAAUAUGUGUGCUCACUGCAUGUGUGUGUUACAUCCUCUGCAGGAGAACCAGAUAUCAGUCAUAGUCCGGUGGCCACAUCGAAACAGAAUCCAGUACUUUUGGUGACUCGAAAGCAGUGGCUACAUGUAUCUCAGUUAAUAGUGAAGAAGGAUCAGAGAAAACGGUUCCAAUCUACUGUGGGGAUCGUCCUAUACCAGAAUGUAUGACUCAAACAUCCACCCUGUAUGACUGCACUAAUAAGGGAAUGAGGUAUGUUGAUGAGACCAAUGACUUUAUUUUGGAGAUCCCAGAGGGAGCCAUUCCUGAAGGAGAGAGACUCACAGUUGAUAUGGGAGUGGCUCUCUUUGGCCCAUUCCAGUUCCCAGAAGGUCUCAGACCCGUGUCUCCUGUGUUGUGGGUCUGUGUUCGUGACAAUAGGAGAAAAUUCGAGUUCUCGAAACCAGUCACAGUCACUAUCCCUCACUUCCUUCAUCUUGACAAUGAGGAGGAAAUCAAAUUUCUGGGUCUCACUUUCCUUAAAGCAAACCACAACAAAAACUCUGCGGGACUGUAUGAAUUCCAGCCAUUAGCAGAGGGCGAAAUGGACUUUAACACUCUCAGAACACAUGGCAUUCUUAGAACCUCACAUUUUUGCAGUCUCUGUCUUGCUGCAAAAUUCAUCCCAAACAGUACACAGUUUUGCAUCACAUCUGUUCUUCCACGUUGUACAAGUCCGGUGGGUAAGAAUGUCGGGGGUUGUUUCUUUGUUACCUUUCUCAAUCUGAAGACCUGUCUCGAAAACCUUGACUCUCUUAUUAAUAAAAGGUAUAGAGAGGGGUAUAAGACACAGAGGGUGCCUUUUAGGUUCAAAACUGACACCCAAGAUCCUGCACUUGGGAUGAACUUUUCUCAACCAAAACAUGGUCUAAUUGGAUGGAAAGGAAGGGACAGGGUUUUUCGUAGCGAAGUGGAUUUCUUUGUUAAGGACGAUAUUUCUGAGGGGGAACUACAGUGUCUGCAGAGUGACGAGUUUUACCCUCCGCGAUUUGAAGUGUUCUUUGCCUUUUUCAAGGAGAACACAACACUCGAUGAUGGCCAGAUUACCUUCAGUGGAGCCACUAGUGGCAUCAAGUUCAACUUAGACUUGGACCUUCCUGACUUUACAAGUCCUCCUGUAGCCCAUCCUGCAGCUGAAACCGAGGUUGUAUCACAGAUUGAGCUCAAGCUGCUUGUCAUAGAUGAUCUCCAGGAUGUUAGGUCAAAGCUCAUGGAAGUAGAAACGAAGUGGAGGGAUAUUGGACUAGAACUGGGGCUGAGAGACCCUGAGUUGGAGACGAUACGUCAAGCUAACCAUCAUGACAUCACAAGUUGUUUGACUGCCAUGCUGAGGCUCUGGCUAAAUAGGGCUUACAACACCAUUAAAUAUGAAGAGCCAACAUGGCGAAGACUGAGUGAGGCUGUUCGCCAUAGAGCUGGAGGAAACAAUCCUGCCCUAGCUGAUAUCCUGUACUAAUGCUCGUAUUAUACAACUGCAAUGAGUCGACGCAAGCGCGCCCCCGGUUAAUGAGCCACUACUUUUGUACGAACCAGACCCUCACGUGCUCCUUGCAUUUUAACCCUUGCGAUACGUUGCAAGGUAGCUAAGGAUGACAGUGACAUGGCUCAGCAGAUCAACCCAACCUUCUCCAAAGUUGUUCAAGCACCGGCAGGAAGAAAUAAUGCAAGUGGAGAAGGCUUGUUGCAGUGUUGGAUGCAGUGCUACAGAAAGUUUUUGCCACCCUUGAUAUGGAGCUUGUUCACUUACAAAGAGAAACACUAACCAACCAUCACUGUUCCGUCAAGUUGCACUUGAU